CGACACGGAAGAAGCCGUGUCGCCCGUUGGUUACUGAACGAACUUGGUCUUUUCUAGACUCAAGGAUCCACCUCCACACGCAGGAAAAGGGGGGGGGCGCCUCCUGCUGCUUGUCUUCUGACCUUUGGGGCUCAAAGCGGGUCUCUCGCGUCGUGUCUUUUCCUCAGCUUUCUCGUCACGCUCGACAUGCGCGCUAGAGUCUCCAGCUGCUUUCUUGAAAACUUCCUCUAAUUUCACGGUUUCUGAGACCCGACGCGCGCGUGGUUGCCAGAAGACAACAGCAGCGGGCUGGAGGGUGCUUUCGAAUGAGCGGGAAGUGUCGGAAUUGCUGCGAGAACUUUCUUCACAGUUCGCAGCCAAUAAUCUCAGCCGGAGUAGAUGUUACGACCAUUCUCUCCCCGAUGAAAGCGCCAUUCUCAUUUUUAAAGCCCCCGAACAGGUUCCCCCCUCCCCCCCCAUGGCGAGUCCAUAGAGACCCGCGGUGAGGCGACUCUUUCCAGCCACAAGACCAGGGUAGUUUUUCCCGCGUUUCUGCUUGUUCUUCCGACCUGCCCCGUUUUUUCGUCUGCCGUCUUGAUUUCAUAUCUUUCCGUUCGUUUCUUUUUGAGCGCUGAAACAAAUCUAUGACACUCGACCCAUACUGAGCCCUAUUCGAUUUGUUGCAACACUUCGCAGACUCGGUCUUCCCUUGUCCUCGUCGCUGUUCAAACCGUUUUUCUGCAGCGAGAGGCGCAAAUCUUCCCAAAGUUUUUUCGUCUCUUUCGAAGACUUCGAUCUGGUGCGAUUCAUAUUUCUCGCGGUUAUCGGAUGACACCUGAAGAGCCGCGCCACUUACCGGUUUCGACUCAAAAUCACGAGUUUAUUUGAAUGUUUAGAAACUCUUUCACACCGUUUCGCGGCUGCAUUGCAUACCCGCUUUCCUGCCCGACUCUCCUGCCACUCCAAGCUUUUGCGUUUGCUGUCCGGCCUGUCUCGGAUUCACCAUUUCACUGGGUGUAUGCCGCGGCGCCUCUAUUGAGCGCACCGUGGACGUUAAAGCAGACAGAUGGAGUACACCGAUGAUACUGGGGAACAUGGGAUCGCACUUGUUCUCGGGAAAACGCCCUCGGAACCCCUAGAUCUGAGUUUCUCGCCGACAGAUAUGGAUGCGCUGAAGAUUAUGUCUUUCGAGGAUGCGACGGCUUUCGUUGAACACUCAGCGCUGAAGCCAGAGUAUGGGACCCCGAGCUCGAGCGUAGGACCCAAACAGGCUGUUGCUUCCUACCCAGAAGGCACGCGCAUCAUUUCUUUUUCAGGAAAAUCAGUGACUCUUUCUAGCCAGAGCUCGGAGUGUAAAGCUUUUCUGGGCUCGACUCGAAUUCCCCAAACUCGGACCACCGACGUCUCUCGACCUCACAAAAGCGACGCUGACAGGCUCCCUCCUGCGCGAUGCAACCCCGAUCGCGCGGUUCUCGCGUCUGGGGGGAUUUUUGUAGACACUCCAUAUGAGCCUCGGGGAGAAAAGGCGCCUCUCCUGCAACGUUCUUCGCACCACGCUUCGAGAAAGUCCGCCGGCUCUUCCUCGUCUUCUCAGGACUCCAAGGCCGACCCCAGAGGUCAGCGCGAUCAACCGAUCGGUGGGUGCUCUGCCGCAGACGACUCGUGUCGAGAGUCUUCUCGGCAAGUGAGUUCAGACUCAAAUAUCCCUGCGUCGAUGUGGAUAGCCAAAGAUCUCUUCUCUCCCCCCCUUGGUUGUUUCGCGCGUCCGUUGUCUCAUGCAGACUCGCCUCAUUUCCAAGUCGACGCUGAUCGCGAGGAAUCAAGACUGGAUCUCUCCACGCGGUCACGAAGGGAAACACAUGCAGUCAGUCGCUUCCUGGGUCUCAGUUGCAUGAGUGCAGAAGCCGACGUGGAUGCCAGCGAGAUCCGUAUGUCGACGCGAGACCGCCUCUCGUCUCUUCCUGCGUACCCAGAGGCCCGCCUGGUGUCCGACUCUGGGGAGAGUCGUCUUCUUUCUGUUCACGGCUGUAGCGUUGUCUCAGCACCACGGACGCUCUCGAACUGUCGCGUCGUUUCUGAUGUGGGCUCUUCUCUCCGUCGCGCAAGUCCUUCACGUCGGACUGAGGACUUGACGGCCCUCCGUGACUCUGGGGAACGGCAGGUCAGUGAGCCUCCUGCGCGUGUUUGUGGUGAGGAUGCCGUGAAAAAGAUGUGUGAACCAGAUUCACCGCAGACAGAUCAGUCGAACUCCGUCACGCAAGUGUCCAGUGAACGUACACAGUCCCUGGAAAACUUUCGCAAACCGCUGGUGGAACAUGCUCUCUCCCCGGUCUUGGAACAGAAAGUGGACAGCGCCCCCACUCUUUCAGAAGGCCAUCAAAGAUUCCCUCCUGUCGCCGGCGGGUCCCAGCCGAACGGCGUCGCUGGGCCGGCCUGGCAGCAGCGAAGAAGAGUCUCAAAAAAAAAGGUGCGUGUGAACCAAUCAGUAGAUGGGAUAUCUCCUCCAAGACUGGAAGCGUCGACGGAGAAGAAUCGGAACAACAGCAGUGACCAGAAAGACGAGAGAAACGCGCAGUCUCCGGGACUCGUUUCCGGACAAGGCCCGGCUUCACCGUGGGUACUUCGACCUUGUCCACCUUGUGAAGUAACGCUGGCUGAGGUUUCGAUGAAUGGGCUGAUCGGAAAAGGCGCGACUUCUUCGGUCUAUCGAGCGACGUGGCGCGACGGCGAAGCUGCCUGCAAAAUUGUUGCGUUUCCGGUGGGAGGUUCUCCGGCUUCGCGGGCGCCUCAAAUUCGCCAGCUGAUUCACGACUUCCGCAAGGAGUUGGUGGUGAUCUCGCGACUGAAUCACCCGAAUCUCGUCGGCCUUAGGGGCGCCGGAACGCGGAAUCCUCCGCUGUUCAUGUUGACCGAACUGUGUGCCGGUGGGUCGCUCUUCGACCUCCUGCACAAAGGCUCGAACAAGAGGGUAACUGGUGAACAAGCCAGUUCUGCGAGUCGGGCGCAGGCUUCAGAAUCUGCUCAGGUCGAGACUCGUCAGGACCCAAGCGACGACCCUUACCGAGCAGCAGUUGCUUCGAUGCUGGAAAAACGCCUCGGCGCGGAGACGAGACUUGAUGGAUCGAAUGCGGAAUCGGUUUCCGAGGAGUCUGGGGGCUUCUGGUCCUUUCUGGGGAAGUUUUCGUUUUUUCCGAAGAAGGAACCGCGUGUUCCAACGCCCGCCUCGUUUUUCCUGCCACCGAAAACGCCCUCAAACGAAGACAUUCUGUUUUCUCGGGGGCCAGCGGUCUCUCUGGACUGGAAACUGCGAGCCCAGAUUGCUCUCGACCUCGCCAGGGGAUGUCAGUACCUCCACAGCGUCAACGUCGUUCACAGAGACAUCAAAAGUCUCAACGUGCUGUUGACAAACGACUGCUCUGAAGGUCUCAAAUCAGGCACCAAACCCAUCGCGAAACUGGCCGAUUUCGGUUGCGCUGUCCUCGCAGACGGGGGCCCUGGAAGUUCGACAGGAGCGCCUGGACAAAGCGCUGGCGCCGCCGGCUGGGCAGGCACGGUUCUGUGGAUGGCGCCUGAGGCUCUGGCUAAGCAGAGCUGCACCGAAAAAGCGGAUGUCUACUCGUUUGCCAUCGUGCUCUACGAACUUCUUUCUAAUCGAAUUCCGUUCGAGGAAUUACAAGGCACUCCCGCCUACAAGAAACUUCCUGAGCUCAUUCCAUGCGGUCUGAGACCGAACAUCAGCCCGCAUGCGUUACCCCGGGACUUGCCUGAGGGUCUACGAGAUCUCAUGGAGUCUUGCUGGCGACAAGAACCCGCGAACCGUCCACCUUUUACACAUAUCGUGAAAGCUCUGGAGAUCAUCAUCGACGGACUGUAACAACAUGCAACUUCAGUAAAAUUCACUCCGCACGACGGCAGAGGAAUUUGACAAGCGUUCUAGAAUUUCUCAUAAAGCAAAAAGAGACAUGAUUUUAGAUCGGCUGGAACACAAUGCCAAGUCUAACCCUGAGUUAAACAGUACAUGUUUGAACUAUGGGUUCUUUCAAGUUUUUCUAAACGGAACUUCCACGACCGCUUUUCAGACAUUCGGUUAUAUCGGUUAGAAGCUAACCUUCGGGAUAAAUGCCCCUUUUCUUUGCAGCAUACUUCCCGCGUCAAAGUGUCAGAAGACAUGUGAUCUACAAAGGAGAACGGGACAUUAGACCGAACCUGCAGUAGAUAAAUACAUAUUAGGGCGUUGUACAUUAGCUGCUAAAUGUCACUCAAACAUGCGAAUUUCGUGUUUUCCAUCAAAUCUAUUUUUGACGAAGAGGCUUGCAGGUAGUACCGUCAGGACAUGAUUCAUGCAAUCUCAGCAUUAGAGGUUAAACGGUAGAAGAGCUGAGCAUUCUCCAAAUAUGCCAGGCGCAAAAACUGUUCAUCCUGUUACUAAACAGGUGGUAGAUGAGCAAAAAUCCGGUUCGUGCACUCCGUACGUGUCCGGCAUGGAUGCAACGACACGGCAAGUGUUCCUUUCGGUUAUUUCACCUCUACGAGAGUUGAGAACUGAAGGGGCUCUUUUUGUGGAACGUUUUACUCCAUGCUUGCGCUUCUCUUUGGAGGAGACCGAACUUCUGGUUCACCACCGGACCUCUGGAGUUUAUUCCUGCCCGUGCGUCAUGAGUCGAAGUAACGAAAGCGUUCCAUGGCAAUCGAACGGACUCCUUAUACUGUUUCUCAACGAACAUUCUGCGAUAUAAUUUCCCAG